AUGGCUGAUAGGCUACUGGAAAAGGCCAAACCAGAAUUAAGAACAACUCUAGCACUCUUGGAGAUUAAUGAUUUUGAAAAUACGUGCACCAAAUUACGUAUCAUUGCUAGAAGAACGAGAGAAGAAGAAGCUGAGAAGAGGAAGGACUCUUAUAUAAGGUCCAUUCCAUGCAUGAAACCUACGAGAGGAAUCGGUAAGAAGAAUACUUACAGCUUCAACAACUCCAAGAAGCAAUUUAAUCAGCCCUCAAGGAAUCAAUUUGGUGGACCUUCGAGGAGUCAAUUCAGUAGACCCUUGAGGAAUCAAUUUAAUGGACCUUUGAGAAGUCAGGUUAGUGGGGGACAGAGCUCUUACAGGAGUUAUACAGCUCCUAUCACUAGCACUGCCAAUAGUCAAAAGUGUGCCAAGUAUGGGAAGAUGCAUCAAGAAAAUUGUAUAAUCUGCUUCAAGUGCAAGAAACUGGGCCACAUUUUCAAAUUCUGUAAGGAAGGCUCACGAGGGGUCAAUAAUACUAGAGCUGCAGUCCCAGGAAGAGUGUUCGCACUAUCUCAACAAGAAGCUGACACUUCCCCCAAUUUGAUCAAAGGUAUUCUUAAACUCGAAGGCUUUAAAACUCAAGCUUUAUUUGAUUCUGGUGCAACACACUCAUUUAUAUCUGAUGAUUAUGUGUCUCGUUUAAGUAUUCAUAUGUAUGAAUUGCCUUGUGAUGUGAUUGUCUCUACACCAGCAGGAGUCUCAGUGAAAACUUCUAAAGCAUGCUUGAAUUGUAUGAUUGAAUUUGAGGGUAGGACUUCUACUAUAGACCUUGUUUGUCUACCCUUAAAGGGUAUUGAUCUGAUUGUAGGAAUGGAUUGGUUAUCAACAAAUGGCACCACCCUAGAUUGUAGAAGGAAGACCAUUUCUUUGCCGGUCUCCUUUGCAAGUUCUAGUGGGCAACAACUGUUGUCUUUUAUGCAAGUUGAAAAGUGUAUUUGA